GCGUCGGCGCCAGCAGAUAAUUGCUAAGUGCAUCGCUAGCACAGUUGGUCCGAGCUGCUGAAAGGUCUGGUCGCAGAGACAGGAACGCAGCAUCCUCAGCGUGCUCCAUCCCGGCAGCGUCUUCCUGCGCUCCGCCGGGCGGCGAGCCUCCGGACGACAGCCCCUCUGCUUCUCGGAGAAGCCUGAUGAAGUCCUCCGAUAUCGAUCAGGAUCUAUUUACAGACAGCUACUGCAAGGUGUGCAGCGCACAGCUGAUAUCCGAGUCCCAGCGGGUGGCCCAUUAUGAGAGUCGAAAACAUGCCAGCAAAGUCCGGCUAUAUUACAUGCUUCACCCCAGGGAUGGUGGGUGUCCUGCCAAGAGGCUCCGAGCAGAAAAUGGAAGCGAUGCUGACAUGGUGGACAAGAAUAAAUGCUGUACACUCUGUAACAUGUCCUUUACCUCAGCCGUGGUGGCCGACUCACAUUACCAAGGCAAAAUCCACGCCAAAAGGUUAAAACUGUUGCUAGGAGAGAAACCUCCACUGAAAACUACAGCCGCACCCCUGAGCUCACUUAAGGCUCCUCGAGUGGACACGGCCCCCGUGGUCGCAUCUCCCUAUCAAAGAAGAGACUCAGACAGGUACUGCGGUCUCUGCGCAGCCUGGUUUAACAAUCCUCUGAUGGCCCAGCAGCAUUAUGAAGGCAAGAAACACAAAAAGAACGCAGCCCGCGUUGCCUUGCUAGAGCAGCUCGGAACGUCUCUGGAUCUGGGGGAACUGAGAGGUCUGAGACGCACUUACAGAUGUACCACGUGCAGUGUGUCGCUCAACUCCAUAGAACAGUAUCAUGCACAUCUGCAAGGAUCAAAGCAUCAGACCAACCUGAAGAAUAAGUAGUGGGAGCAUCAGUCAAGAGCUAAGAAGAGACUCCAGCAUUUCUCUGUGGUAGAGAACUGCUCACCAACCAAAAGAGGAUCCUUUCUCGAGCAAUGAACAUUUCUUACAAGGAUUCACAGAUUAACACAUGACCAGUAUUGAUUUUUUUUGAAAGUAAAUAAGAUUUCCUUUUCUUCUUCUCAUUUAGUGGCAAGUUAUCCUUGGAUUUAGAAGAAUCCUUUUCUGAUAAUGUGUUUAGCACAAGUUCUAAACUGCAGUCACACACAGCAGCUAGUCGGAGCAUCAUUCAAACUUACGAGUGGAAAAUUUAAUUUCCAAUUUAUUCUAGAUUUCCGUAGAGUUACAAUGAUUCUGUGAGACCCUUCAUGAUUAUCAUGUAAGCCUCCUAGAUCCAUUAACAAAUAUACUUUUGUCAUCAUGGGGAACAUAGUUGGUGACGACAACCACAAGGACAGGACAAAUUGUGGUCUGUAGAAGUUAUAUAAUGAAUAGAAUACCAGUCCUUCCUGCUUCACACCGACGAGCCAGCCUUGCCUCUAAGUGCCAGGAGCAUGAAAGCAGGUGGGAACAGAGAGGAAAGACCUUCACUCUGGAUCACCAUGGUGGAAAGCUUCACAAGAUGAAGCCACGUUCUCCUUGCAAGCUGCCAGAUCAUAGCUUAGGAAAAGAACUAGUUUGAUUGCAUGAUGAUCCCAUUAAGUAAACAUGUCUUCACAGCAGUUGACCUUGAUGUACUGCUUUUCUAAAGGUAUCCAAAGGAGAACUUUAAACCCCAGAGUGAGAUGGAAGAAAUUCUUAGCAAGUUGACCUGGAUUGUGGGCUUUAAUUUGGAGCAGUAAUGAUUUGGUGUGUGUCGAGGGAGGGAGAGAAUGAUUAAAUCCUGAAGAAGUUUCCUUCUUCUGUUUCUCUUCCAUCUUGUCGCCGAGCUGGGGAUUGAGUGACUUUGAACAGAACUCCUCUGGGAAGAGGACGGACCAGAGAACUGAUGCUCUUGGAAGGGAUCAAGUCUGAGUGCAACUGAAAUUCCCUCUCCAGGGAAUCACUGCUCUGCGUUGUGUUGGGAAGUGCUGUCUUGCAGACACUGCAAGGUAGACACAGAACUUCCUUUCCUGGGCUCUCAGCUGGCUGGAGCAGCCCUUGACGCCUUGUGACCACCAAUCUACCGAGUAACGUCAGACUUUUCCAGACAUCAGCGCUUUCCACAGAGAUCUGAGGUCAUGGACAGCCAGUGAGCAAUAAAUGAAACGACACGGAAACGCACAGUGUUGUUCUUAAGGUGCCUGUUUUGUUGUGUGAGGAGGUCACGGUCCUUAGGGACCAGACCCGUGGCUGCAAAGAGGAAGGUCACACACACACACACACAUACACACACACCGUGUACAGUCAUGCUGCAGGUGGGAAGUAUGAGGGGUGUGGUGACAACAAUUUUAUUUUGCUAUUUUAGAAAGAAGCACACAACAGAGCUACAGUCCGAUGGCUUUUCUUCGAAUGUGUGGAAUAAAGCUUUAUUUGUCAAUUCUGCUGUAAAAUAAGCAUAGUCGGAGGUUUUUGUUUUUGUUUCUAAAAUCUUUCUCUGUUUCUGUUUAGUGCCUGAGCUCUGUCCCUGAAGUGUUGUGUUUAUUUUUGUUUUUAAUGACCUAAGAUAGAAAAGCCUAUGAACAUAGAUCUCCUUUGCGUUACAGUGACGCUUUGCCAAGUCCUUUAUGACUAAGCCUCCAGCUACAAUAAUCAGAUUAUUUCAGAGUGCCUCAUCGAAAUACCAUUGCUCUUUGGCAAGCUGCCACAGACACCCACCGGACAUUUUCUUGGUUUGAUUGUUCUCACGUGUAUUGAUGCCCAUGCAGAUAAGGGGAAUGUCAUCCCAGCACGCUGUGAGGACCACUCGGCCAGACUACUAACCACAAGAAGGCUCAACAUGCUACUGUGUUCUGGGGGCUCUCAAACAGACACACCUCUCCUCUAGAAACUGGGCUGUUCACUUCUGCUUUAGUGUGGCUCUAUGUUUAAUUAAGUCCUAUGUUACUUUCCAGUUUAAUUAUGACUGGAUGGGAGUUGGGUUUUGGGCAAAUGUUUAUCAGGGGCCCCUUGAUUCUGAUGGGUAGAAAAGAGACAAACCUGUGUCCCUGUCUCCUGACGACCAGUCCACGUGGAGCAACCCUGGGAAAGAACAAUGUAAUUACAAUCAGAACUUAGGGUUAGUUCUAUAACAUUUGAGGAGAACGUGGAGAAAACUCAUCUAUGAGCGAGGAGAGCUGUCCAUACGACUGUGUCUAAAGUAACUUGGCUAUUCCAGAGUUCAGAGUGAUGUCAGCUAACCACAUUAAGUUUUCUGGCCAUAAUGAGGAAAAGUCAACACCCACUGGCCUCCUGUUAAAUCGAGAUAUGCCUGUGUAAUGGAACAGUCACUAGCGGUUGAUCUAGGCAUCUCCCUGUUUCUCUCCCUUCUCUUAUCAUUCCAGGAUAUAGUCUCCGGAAUGUAACAUGCAUUGCCCAUGUGAUCUGCCACUGAAUGCCAUGCUUAGGUGUGAUUCCUCAGAACUCUAGAUCACCCCUUAGUCCCGGCCAUACCAUUUGAAUUUGCUUUACAAAAUCUUCUUCCCUUCGGUACGGAUAGGAGCUUGAGGCUAGCAACCUGUGCCAGUGGCCACAAAUGCCACGAUAGUAAGAUCCAAAUUAAUGAGCUCUCCUUAUAGACAGUCUCCACAGUCCAGUGAACUAAUAAAUACACUCAUAAAGCAAUCCGCUAAGCAGCGAGUGCUGCAGUGAUUCCUUCUGCGGAUAAAGUAGCCAUAAAACUCUCAUCUAUUGCUGCUGGACUGGACCAAUGGUAUUUGUUCUUUCUGGGCUCCUUAGAUGACAGAGCUGCAUAAAUUGGAACUGCAAGGAUCUUCACACUGUCUGCUGGAGUGAGUUUAUUAGGCCAACUGUACCAAAAAGAAAAAAAACAACGGGACCCACUUAUAAUGCUGUCACUCCUGUGGAACUCCCCAGCUAGAGAGGCCACCUUUAUGUUGAAGCUGAGGCAUUUUUGACAAGGCAGUGGGAACACAGGACCCUAAACCCCAAGAAGAGACCACCAGGUUGUAAUGACAGUCCCCACUAAAUAUUUGUCCUUCUCUAGAACAGCUUGUCCAGUGAAUUAUUUUUCUUUUGUAAGAAUAAAACUAAGAAAAGUCUGUCUGUGCAACAUAUUCUUGUAGGGAUGGAUUUUUCUCCCCUGCUCCCCUUCUGGUUUUGAAUUUGUUCAUAUUCAAGGCAUGUUAAACUACCUCAUAGGUUUGUUGUGUGGAUUAGCUAAUUAAUAAAUAACAACUGAUUAAAAUACAAAUCUGUAUGUAAA